AUGGCCAAAGGCGAGCUGGAGCAAAAACUCCUGGACCUCCGCAGCGAACGCCAGCAGCGCGCCGAAGAGUUCGAGGCCACCGAGCUGGAGAUCGACACCCUGCGGCAGUUGACCACCGAAACCAUGGCAGCUGUGGAAGCCCAACUCGCUGAGGACGCGGCGUUGCGGGCGCAGUUGGAGGCUGCCACGGCCGAAGAGGUCCAACUGCAACGGGCUGAGCAGGACGCCUGGCGCGCUGCACUCUGCGCGGCGCAGGGGCGCCGGGAGGCUGCUGCGGCGGAAGAGGCGGAGGCACUGGCGGCGCAACGGUUGGGGCAGCAGCAGCUGGAGGGGACGCGGAAGAGGGUGGCACUGCUGCAGGUGGAGGUGCAACAGCUGCAACAACAGCAGGGGUUGGGACCAGCUGCUGAGGAGGUGCAGGAAGUGAGGGAAGAGUUUCGGUCGAAGGCGGAGGCUCUCGAGGAACAGCGCCAGGCCACCUUGUGGAUGGAAAGGGAACGGCAGCAGAGGGCCUCCAGGAGGUUGGAGCAAUUGAGAAUAGCUGUGCGAGGGCUUCAUGAAGCGGAAGCGCAUCGGAGUGGAGGCUGA